UCCCGCCGAGAUCUUCGGCGCGGAGCCUGCGCGGUCCAGUCUCCAGCCGCCCGGCACUUGUCUCGGCCGUGAGACGUACUGGGCUCCGCGCCUGCGCCCCCGAGUGGGCCGAUCGCCCGACCCCAACCUGAAAGCGCACCCCUCUUGGUCCGCGGUGCCCCCUCCCCGGAAAGGACGUCUCGAGGCUUUUCAGGAAAGUCGCGAUUCGCUCUGGUGUUUGUGAUCUCAAAGUUGAAUUUCCAGAAUCAUCACCCGGGAAUUCAGAAACAAAACAACAAACAACAAAACCCAACGAAUUUCCGGAUGCGGGUUCCAGAAAUUCGGCUUCCAAGGGCCACGACAUCUGCGUUUUUGCCCCUGCCUUGGAGGAUUCCACCCAGGAUCCAAGAACCAUCUCAGUGGGUCCCUGUGUGGACACGCGGAGGGUCUCGGGAGCCUCCGGGAGGUGAAAAUCCGGGACACAAGGCAAGGGGAGCCUUGUCUUGCUAGACCUCUCCCCACGGGCUAAGGUGGCCACUCUGCCCGUGUAGGAUAGAUACUGGGGGCACAGGCCAGAGAACCUGUGGCAGAAAUGGACUUCGCCCCUCCCCGCCAAGCUAAGAGACCUCCCUCAGAUGACCUGCCCUCAGCUUUCCAGGUAAAAUGUCUGCUCCAGGACCCUACCAGGCGGCCGCUGGGCCUUCGUCAGUGCCCAUAGCGCCCCCAUCCUAUGAAGAGACAGUGGCCGUUAACAGAUACUACACCACGCCUCCUGCACCCAUGCCUGGGCCAGCGACGGGGCUCAUGACAGGCCCAGAUGGGAAGGGCAUGAACCCUCCUGCGUACUACACCCAGCCAGGGCCUGUCCCCAACGCCAAUGCAAUUGCCGUGCAGACAGUCUACGUGCAGCAGCCAGUCUCCUUUUUCGACCGCCCAGUGCAGAUGUGUUGUCCUUCCUGCAACAAGAUGAUUGUGACUCAGCUGUCCUAUAACGCCGGUGCCCUCACCUGGCUCUCCUGUGGGAGCCUGUGCCUGCUCGGGUGCGUAGCGGGCUGCUGUUUCAUCCCUUUCUGUGUGGACGCUCUGCAGGACGUGGACCAUUACUGUCCCAACUGCAAAGCUCUCCUGGGCACCUACAAGCGUUUGUAGGACUCGGCCAGACCUGGAGGGAGCCGUGUGUGGCAGGAAGUCCUUUCCGACUCUCACCCAGCCCCGCCCCUGGUGGAGGUAGCCCACCUUGGUGGUCGCAUCUCUCCAGGGGCUUCACCUUUGUGUCUUCUUUUGGGGGGAAAUAUCGCAAAAGUAGCACACUUCCAAACCCCAGAAAUUGCUGCUUGGAGUCGUGCACAGGACAUGCAAAGACAUUCACCUUGAGUGCUGGGUCAAGGGCUUCCCGCCUGCCCUUGACCCCAGGUCAUCCCAUCUAACUGUGAUCGUUGCCCCGCCUGUCUAUCUUCUGGUGAUUUGCCUCGCCAGCUUCUUUUCUUGCCUCGGCGGGCCUUUCGGGUGGUGGGCUCUAACUGAGAAGCCACAGGUUGCCUUAAUUUUAAGACCGUUCUACCUGAGUAUGGCUGAUCCAGCUCUUAGUACCUGCCAUCAUGUCCAUCUGUGUCCACUUCUGGUGACAGAAAUCUUGCCUUAUAGACAAAGGCCUUGGCUCUCAGAUUCUGUAACUGUAGGCUUUUCAUUAGCAUACCAAUUCGCUUUAAUUUCUUAACUCGUUUUUAAGUACAUGAAGGGGCCGUUCACACCCACCAGACAUAUCCACGAGGUCAUAAAUGCAUGUUACAAAUAGAGAGCUGGACCUUACCCCUGCCCUGCCUUCCCUGGAUUCUUUGUACCACAUCCUCAGACACUUUCCAUGAGAGGCUGUUUCUUAAUAAGGAGUUGUUUGUAUUAACAGUUUUCAUGACCUCCUUUUGGUCUUAAACACCUUCAAACAUAAUUUUGAAAGGAGGGCUUUAUAGAACCAUUUUCUGUAACCAGGUCAUCGGUAUCAUUGGCCAGGGCACUCGCACAUAUUCCUUUUUCCUUAAUGGAAAAAGUAAUGGGUAAUUGCAUCCACUGCCUUCACUUGGGUUUAGUGCGGUUCUUAAAAACCUCCAUAAUGGAACUCUGAAAGCGGGGCCCCUCUCGGGUUCCUGGUGGUGUGUGUGGAAAGACAAAAGCAUGUGCGAGCGUAUCUAGCUACCGCGGUGCUGAAAAGCUUGGAGUCCCGAACUGUUUCCCAGGAAUCUAAAGUCUGAUUUUAUUUUUCCGAAAUAAUAGUUUGUUAUGUAACAUCAGAAGACAUGAUUUCUAGGACCCGAGCAUCAAGCCAGAGUUCUCGGUUCGCUGCCGGGUCAUCUUUGAAAUCAAGACAAAGCUGGACUCAACUUCUAAGAGUCCCCAUUUUGAUAGUAAAUAGGCACAGGGAAUGCAUGUGAAUAAUAUUAUGUAGAAAUCAAGCCUAGACCUUGAACAAAAAUCUGUAUAUUGGCUGAAAAUUAUAGUCGUAACCAUUGAUUCAGCUUAUUCAUUUGCUGUUUUGAAAGUUCCAGUAAUUAUUUUUACAACGCAUAUGGAUACUACAUCGUACUUUGGUGUUUAUCUGCUUUUAAAAAAUAAAGUCUUUGGUUCACUCGGUGAACUAUUUAUCAAUUCUUACGGUGUGGAGAAAGGUCUCGUGUUGUGUUUCCAGUCGUUACAAAGAACCUUUAUUUGCUCCAUAACGGUAGAAAAUUCUUCCUGAUAAAAACUUGAGACGUACUGAAUAUCCCGCAAUGUCAAGAUGAUGGAUGUUGAGUUGGGUGGAUUGCUAACAAGUCAGAUUUGAACAUUAGGCUAUUGGAACCCAAUAGGCGUCAUCGAUGGCAGCCAGCCAUAGCUUUCAAGUUUUAAUAAAAUGCACAGAAGAAAGCCGUCCUCAUUCAUUCUCCAAACAAAAGAUGCUUUGUUAAUUGAUCAGGGUGCUUGUGAGAUGCUAGAAGGAGAGCACUGUAGCUUGCCAGGAAUAUGAAUGCCAUCCUCCCUUUUCCUACCUGGUGAUAAAGCUUCAUUUUGGAAGGUGCAGGAAAACAAUGCCAUCUUGGUGCGGUUAUGUUGUUUAAACCCUAUCUUAUGGCCUUGAAAAAUUGCUGCUCUCUCAGUCUCGAUCAUGUGUUUUUAUUUCAUUUGACAAAAUCGAAAGCCAUGCAUAUUUAGCAGUUUUAUUCAGAUGGUGGUAUAUAAGUGUUCUCAGGCUGGUACUAAUUACAUAUGCAAAGUCUUCAAGACAAGAACCUUGUUUCAGGAACCGUAAAAUAUAUAUUCGGUGGAACUUUAAAAAUGUCAGAUGCCUGGAGUAUAAAGCAUUUAUUGGACCUUCCAUUUUAUUGUUUAAAGUGCGGGCUUAUUCACAUGUUUGUGCAAAUUAAAAGGCUCUUUUGUUCUGCCA